UUCAUGGAGCCAGGAAAGUAUGUGUUCCUGGAAAAUGCAGUGUCGAACUGGAGUCUGAUAGUGGUGGUGUGUGAGCAGGGCUCAGAGUGCAACACCACAGCUGCUAUUUUCCAUCCCACAACCCCUGCACAACUAGUGAGACACGGGAUUGUUAAACAACACAGCUUAAAUCUGCUUCCAGACUGGGGUCUCAUCACAGGGAUCUUGUCUUUGCUGGUGUUGCUGAUAAUAGUGUUGACAAUCAUUGCUCUAGUCUUGAGGCCUAAUAGGGCCAACCUCAUCGCUCAAGGGAGGCCAAAGCCCAAGUGUCGAUGCUUAGGUGAACCCACUGUUCCUAUUGAAUAUGUUUAUAAUACUGACUGCUCUGAGUCAUUAGGUCUGAGAGGGGUUGGCGAGGGAGCAGAAUCAGAGGAACCUGCUGUGUGCAAAGGAGAUUUCAGAAAUACAGUUAUGGAACUGGAGGAGUUUAAUGUGAAAAUGCUGUACGACAAGUUAGAAGAUCAGAAUCUACACCUGGCAUCCCAGCUAGCAAAGCACCGCAAAGACACACAGGAGUUCUACAGAAAUAUGUGCCAGCAAAUUGAUGCUCUGAGGGACACACUAGAAAAUAUGGAACCCUCAAACCUGAACCAGCUGAAAAAAAUGUUAGACAAUGAAGUAUUGAUUAAAAGGGAAUCUUCUCAUGGUCAAUAGUAGAGCACAGUCUCCUGUGUGAAUGAAGAGGAACUGGCCAAAUUUGUGUCUCUGACACCUCUCUCCAGAACACUGCAGGAGAUAAAGGAGUCUCUCUAGACUCUUGCAAACACACCCAGGACAGAAGAAGUGUUUAUCAACAGCCCAAUGGAGAGUGAGCCAACGUACCUGAUCCCGGUUGCCCUUGACAACCUUUCACCACAGCAUUUUGCAGUCUUCCUGUUUGGCUGCCACAUUGUGCAUCUACUGAACAGAGCUUGUUCCUUCCCCCCUGUCAUGCUGCUAUUGGCCAAUACAGUGCCAGUCUCUCAUUGUGAUAACCUGCUGGCCUAAUGCAACAAAGACCUUUAUUAUAACACAGCCAACCAAAUUCUGUACAUACUAGAAAAUAACCUCAAAAUGCUGGUCAGUUCAUCACUAUUCUGUUACACUCUAUGGCCUUUAUUACCUCAGGUAAAAGACUGCUUUAGCCUUUCAUUAAAGUUGUGGCUUUUGAUAGUAAUUUUAAUAUGAAUUCCACGUAACAGCAUAUUACUUUCUAUGAUGAUGGUGUACAUUGAACCUCUUUUAUUGCAGUAAAGCUUAUUUACAUUUUUCAGGCUCAAAGCCUCUCGAGUUCAUGAAAGACUUCCACUUGGCCAUAUCGGCAUUAAGCAUGUGUUUGUUUCAUCACUCUUUCACUGACGAACAGAGGAAUGUACAGGUUAGGCAUGUCUUGAUGUUGAAAUGUAGUAUAUAUAAAAUCAAGGAAGAGUUCUAACUGGCUUUCUUCAUGGUUUAGAUGGAUGAGAAGUACAAAGAAGAAGCCUUUGGAACAUUAGUAGAGGACUUCUUCAGUGUUAAAAUACCUACAGAAACUAAUUUCACUCAGCACAUGCUAGCAGAGAGAAGUGUACUCCAGUUCCUCCAGGAACUCAAACCAACUCUAACAGACAGAUAUGGAGAAGGUGUCGUGUGUGGAGCAAGAAAUAAACAGACUUGAUGAGAUUUACCAGCAGCUCUCCUCUGAGCUCCACAGGAAAACACAUAUGCAGCCCACCAGAGAAGAAACUGUCCAACCUUGACAAACCGCUGCAGGAGCAUGGAAUGGUGCUGGAACUUCAGAAGUGUACAGUGGAGCAGAGACUGAAGGAGAUGAAAGAGAGACUGUCUAAACUCAGCUCAAGUCAGAGAGUGAGUCCUAAUAAGGACAGACCAGCUCAAAGCACAGUACUAGCUCAAGACGACAGCCAGUUAUCCAGCAAACACAAACCAGACAGAAGUGAAGCAGAGAAGCAGACACCUGCCACAGCACAGUCCAGCAACAAGAAAUGGAAGAGCAAACAUAUGGACAAAGAUGACUGCUUAAUGAAUAAUGUGUGAAAAUUUUCAUUGUUAUAAAAAUUAUUUUAACAAUAUUAAUGUAACCUUACACACUGUCCUUGCCCUUAUGCUAAAUAUCAUCACAAACUUGGUGUGUAUCUGCGCCGCUACCAUCAUAAAAUGGAAUUGCUAAAAUAAUGACUGGUUUCAAAUUUUUCGAACAUGUUACUAUGUUGGGCUGGUUGGGAUGCUCAAACAAGGAUAGUGUUUGGUUACACUUUAUUUUAAGGGUCCACAAUGAUACACUUAAAGGAAUAUUCCAGGCAUAAUUUGUGGCAUAAUGUUGAUUACCACAAUAAAUAUUUUCAACUCGUCUGUCAUUUUCUUUAAAAAAUAAAUUAAUAAAAAAAAAGCAAAAAUCGAAGUUAAAGUGAGGCACUUACAAUGUAAGUGAAUAUGGAAAAAUUGUGGAGGUUUCAAAGGCAGAAAUUUUAAGCUUUUAAUUUGAUAAAAUCACUUGUAUUAAUUCUUCUGUUAAAACUCAUGUAUUAUUUGAGCUGUAAAGUUGUUUAAAUCGUAAUUUUUAUAGUAAUUUUAGGGUUUGUUUCAUCGUCAUGGCAACAAACUCGUAAAAUUGUUUAUAACUUAACACAGAAAAGGUUAGUUAGCGAUUUUAUCACACUAAAAUAAUGUUAACAAAUAUAUUGUUUACAUCUUGUGGCUAUACUUUUGAAACAGUGAAUAUUUUAACAUUUACAGAUUGGCCCCAUUGACUUCCAUUGGUAGUGCCUCACUGUAACUCAGAUUUUUUAUUUUUUUAAAGAAAAGGAGGGGCAUGUCAAAAAAAAUUUUGGUAAUCAACAUUAUGCCACAAAUGCUGUCGAUUAAGCUUAACUUGUAUUAAACCUGGAACAUUCCUUUAAGCAUGAGACAGUAAUUGAUAAUUAACUGAAUGUAGAGUAAGGCUAUCUUAGCCAUAAUUUACAAGUUUUAAAAGUCAUACUUUGCGUAGAAAGUAAUGUAAUAAAUGCUCAGUUUUAGAGAUCGUAUAAAACGUUUACUAAAUAAUAUUAAGACAGUAAUUAAGGGUAAUUAGUAUUGGCUUUACAAAGCGGUUACUAGAAAAUUAAAACAACUUGACCCCCAGAUUUAAAGUGAAAGUUUAACCUACUCAUGUUAUGGGUUUGGUUUGCACAUGUUUUAAUUACAGUAAAUUGAGUUUAUUGCAAAUACUGUAAUCACCCAAUAAAUGUCAAACAAAUUAUUAAUUUGCGUAAGUAAAUGUUUCACUUCAGAACAAGGAGUCAAAUUGUCUUUAAAAUUUUAGCAAUUCUUUAGUGACAGUUUAAUUAAGCCAAUACUAAUUAGGCAUAAUUAUUGUUUAAAUAUAUUCAAAGAAAUUAAAUACCACCUUAUAAAUGCAAAACAAACCUAUAACUUAAAUAGAUCAAAUUUUCACUUUAGAACAGGGUUUCCAGAUGUCUUUAAUAUAAUAUUUUAGUAAUUUAUUAGUAACUGCUUUAAAAAGCCAAUACUAAUUAGCCUUAAUUACUGGCUUAAUAUUGUUUAGUAAGCUUCAUACAUGAUAUGUAUUGAUAUCUGAAAUAGAGCAUUAAUUGCAUUACUUUCAACACAAAAAUAAGACAGAAAUUAUGGCAAAGAUAGCCUUAUUCUACAUUUAGUUAUGCAUUAAUUUCUAGGGCUAGUUAUUAAAACAGAUUUUUCGAUUCCGAUACACAAGCCCUCGAUUUCAUUCAAUAUCGAUUCAUACGGGACAUUUUGCUUGCAUAUAAAAGAAAUUCUCCCUUAGCUAAUGCUCUUAAUUAUAAAAGAACCUUCUAGGUCCAAUUCGAAAAUAUUAAUUUUAAAAAUUAUAUUUUAGCAUUAGUUUUUUAUUAAAUUGGUUGCAUUUUAACUUUUGAAAAAUUGAAAAAAGUCUAUUCCAUCAAAUUUUUUUUUUUUUUUACAUUUUUAUUGUUUACUUGCAUAAUUUGUACUAUUUACAAGUAUUUACAUUGAUAUGUAGAACACGUGAUUAAUCGGUACUGUCUCUUUAAGACUAGUGGCAUCAGCCAAUGAGCGCAUAUAACAAGAGAAGACGUUCGUAAUUUCUUUAGUGCAUCCUUGUGUGAUUAGAAUUAAAUGUUCCAAAUUUUAUUUUAUUUUUAUCAACAACAGACUGUAAAAAACAAAGUGUAUUAAAAGAAAUAUUAUUCAGUGACAUAUGGAUCUUUGGACACACAGAACGAGUUAAACCAAUCUUUAACUCUCACACACAGUGAAAGGACAUCUGUGCUAAUAACUUCUUCUCCACUAUACUACACAAUCACUUGUGAGUGAAAUCUGAACAUUUACUAGCCAGUGGCUAAUCAUAGACAUUUUUAGUUGCGUAGCGUGAGAUUUGGUUGCACAUGCGAGGGAUUUACUUGCAUUAUAGAGGGUUGCCCCAUAGAGUGAAAGAUCGAUCUUGGGAUUAAAGAACUGAUAUCGAGAUUGUCUCAUCGAAGAUCGCAAUGCAUCUGAAAAUCGAUAUUUUUACCCAGCCCUAUAAAUUUCUGUCUUAUUUAUGCUUAACUACAUUAUUGUGGACCCUUAAAAUAAAGUGUUACCAAAUGUUUUGAUAGUGAUACAAAGCCACAGUGUUGACACUUUUCAGGGGAAUCAACCUAUAAAUGGUUUACUUAUAGUUGUCUCUCCAUAUUAAGUUGGGAUAAUAUUUUAGCAUCUAAAAUUACACCAUCUUUAAAUCUGUGAAUCUUUAUUUUAUUAUUUUUACAUUACAUUUGCAUAUAUUAUGUAUUUUUAAAUUAUCACUCUCUCUUUUUCUUGUGAGCUACUUUUUAACUUUUUUUUUCUUCGUUUUAGCAUGAAAUAAAACAUUAAAAUAGAUCAUAAGAAAGGCCUUUAUGCUUAUUUUAUUGACCAUUUCUUUAUUGACCAAGGCAAUGCAAGAAACAGACGAAAUAUUGCUUUGAAAUCAAACUCGCUAAGCUUUUCUUAUCAACACUAUAUCUGUAUGAUGUGCUUUUCCAGUCAGUUAUCUACACAGUUCAUGUGCGUUCAUGCUCAGAGCAGAGUUAACUCUAGGUGUAAACAGAUUGGGAGGGAGAGUGAGUUGCAGCUAUCAUCACCUGCUAUCAGUGUUACUACUCUCUGUCCAAGCCAGUAUUUAUGUGAGCUGAUAUGCUCGAGAAAGUUCCAUUGGCUUUGUGCCGCCUGCCUCUAUCAUUUAGAUUAAACAAACAGCCAAAUCCAAAGCAGUCUAUCCACUUAACAUACCUACCAGCCACAGCUAACUGUUUGUUUAAAGUUUUAUUGUCUAGUCGACAUAAGUAGGAAGUAGUAACAGUGCUUGCAAGGCUGCACUGAAACCCCUCAUUUCUUAUCCUCAUUAUUUUGAUCACUUUUCUAUUAGUUAUUCACCUAUAAUUUAACCUAACUUUAUCACUAUUUAUCACUAUUCUUUUGCUACAGACCCUUGCAAGCACCAUAUUUCCUUCAGGAAAUGCAAAUCUGUUGCUUUUGUUCUUGCUCUGCUG